GACCAAAAUCGACUAUUUUAAGCUAUUACCAGAACGGGCAAAAACAGACCAGGGCUUUAUACGGGUACCCUUGGAGGAGACCAGGAUACUUUGACCAAUUUCGCCCCUCUUCCAGGCUUGAAGGCCGACAUCUCAUUCUCAGCUUAUCUUCGAGGAGGGGAAGAGGGGAGGCGAAGAAGCGAAAGAAGAUGACUUCGCUCCAGUUCUUCCCUCCCACCUCUCAAAACCCCAACCCUAACCCUAAGCGCUCCCACCUCUUCUCCUCCUCCAAGAACCACAUCACCAAAGCCAACCUCCUCCCCUCGUCCUCCUCCUCCUCCUCCUCCCCCUCCUCUACCUCUCUAUUAUCCUCUAAAAUCCCCAGUUCCAGCUCUCCAGGAUCCCUCUCCUCCUUCAAAAAUCCCAACUUGAACCCCAACCAUGUCGACCCUCCCCUUAAAAACUCCACCUUACUUGGUUUUCAGCUCUUCCGGCCGAGGCCUUGGCGGAGAAAGAUCCAAUGCAGCAGGGGCGUCGACGCCCAGGGCGGCGAGACCACCGAGACGAAGCCCCCAUUGGAGCGGAAGAGCGGGGGAGGUGGAGAUGGGGAUGGGGAGGGUGGGGGUGAAGGAGGAGAGGACGGGGAGAAGAAGGGACUCCUUCCAGAAUGGGUUAAUGUCAGUGUAGAUGAUGUGAAGACCAUUUUGGCGGCGCUGGCGAUUUCUUUGGCCUUUCGAACUUUCGUGGCUGAGCCACGGUUCAUCCCUUCCCUUUCGAUGUAUCCCACAUUUGAUGUCGGAGAUCGCAUUGUUGCUGAGAAGGUUUCAUAUUACUUUAGAAAGCCAUGUGUGAAUGAUAUAGUGAUCUUCAAAAGCCCACCUGCCUUGCAGGAAGCAGGAUAUAAUAAUGAUGAUGUUUUUAUAAAAAGAGUUGUUGCCAAGGAGGGUGAUGUUGUAGAGGUGCAUAAUGGCAAAUUAAUAGUAAAUGGCAACAUGAGGAAUGAAGAUUACAUUCUUGAGCCACCAUCUUAUGACAUGAACCCCAUUGAAGUGCCUGAAAACUCUGUAUUUGUGAUGGGUGACAACCGCAAUAACAGUUAUGAUUCACACAUAUGGGGUCCUCUUCCAGCCAAGAAUAUACUUGGGAGAUCCAUAUUCCGCUACUGGCCACCAGCAAGAAUUGGGAGCACGGUUCUUACUGAUAGUUGUGACGAGCUGAAGCCAAAGAGCAGUUCAGUGUCGCAAUAACAAUGUCAAAUUUGUAACUUACAGGUCCGGGAGCAUUGGAGAUGGCCAGAAUACCCCUAAAAUAUUUUUUUGCCUUUCCUUGAAGAAGUGAAAGAGGAUGGCCAUGAAACCAAGUUAAAUGUUUUCCUUCGCCUGCCUCUGAGCCCUGGAAAAGAGGAACGGAGGCGAAGAAACCAAUUUUUCUUUAGGUUUCUUUCAUUUAGCCUCAUUGUAAACUAAAACCCAACUCGGUUGUUGUCCUCCGACCAAUUGUAUUUAUUCUGAUUGAAUGUUUUCAUCUUGCUUUUGCCAUAUAGUGCUUUCAUGGUAGGCUGUCCUGUAGAUUGAUUCAUGUACUCGUAAGAGAACCAGCACCCACCACCAGCAAUGCGGGGGGUGGGGACUCUAUUCAGCAUUAGCGUAUUGAUUCACUUUGUCCCCCACA